UCAAAAUCACAAUCACAAGAGCAUCGAAAACAUUUGCAAGCCUUAGUAAUUAAGAUCAGUUGCUGGAAACUCCAAUACCAUGGCUUCUCGCAUUUCAUCAUUCAUUUUACUGCCACUUCUGCUUCUGAGUUUCUCUCCAAUUACCAGCCAUGUGAUGGUUGAAGGGGCAAGAAUUCUUCUCGAAUCCUCUUUGCCAGAGCCAAAAUUACCUGAGUUGCCUCCACUUCCUAAGCCCGAGGUGCCUCAAGUGCCUGAGCUGCCUAAGCCGGAAUUACCCCCCGUGCCAAAAGUUGAGUUGCCACCAUUUCCAAAGCCAGAAAUACCUAAAGUUCCUGAAAUUCCUAAGCCUGAAUUACCUAAAGUUCCAGAAAUUCCUAAACCAGAGAUGCCAAAAGUUCCCGAAAUUCCCAAACCAGAAAUGCCUGAGGUGCCAAAGAUGAAAGUACCAGAAAUUUCUAAACAAGAGCUGCCAGAGGUGCCAAAGCCAGAAGUGCCUAAAAUCCCAGAAAUUCCCAAACCAGAAUUGCCCAACGUUCCUGAAAUUCCUAAGCCUGAGUUACCAAAAGUUCCAGAAAUUCCUAAGCCAGAGAUGCCUAAAGUCCCGGAAAUUCCCAAGCCAGAGUUACCAAAAGUUCCAGAAAUUCCUAAGCCAGAGUUACCAAAAGUUCCAGAAAUCCCAAAGCCAGAGUUUCCUCAACUUCCUAAGGUUGAGAUGCCACCAUUGCCAAAGCCUGAAGUGCCUCAAGUUCCUGAAAUUACAAAGCCCCACUAAACUGUUUGCACGGUUUACUUCAUUGUGUUGGCUGGGGUGAUAUCGAGCAGCUGUAUGCUAGCUUAUACUAUAUGAUAAGUUUGUAGUAGUUAUGUGAUUAUAUUUAUUAUUCUGCCAAUCUCAUUGGCUCUAUUGAGCUCUAUUUGUACUAUGUCAUUAAAUAACACGUUUUGUUCGUUUGUUUUAUUUA